CCGCAGAAGGCUCAGUGUCCUUGGGCGAGAUGGUUCAGUACCGCAUCCGCGUGUCCACCGGGUGCUCGUUUUACGCGGGCUCCACCAACCAGGUGAAGAUGUGGCUGGUCGGCCAGCACGGGGAGGCCUAUCUGGGGAGCUGUCUGCGGCCGGCGCUGCCCGGCAAGGAAGUAGAAUUCAAGGUGGAUGUAAAGGACUACCUGGGCCCACUGUUGUUCGUGAAAAUGAGCAAAAAGUGCACCUUGCAGGAUGAUGCUUGGUUCUGCAACUGGAUCUCUGUGCAGGGCCCUGGGACCAAUGGGGAGGAAUUCAAGUUUCCCUGCUACCACUGGGUGAAGGGCACUGGCAUCAUGACCCUGGCCGAGGGCACUGGCUGCACGGUGGUCAGCGACCGUAAAGGUCUAUACAAGAAGCACAGAGAGGAGGAGCUGCAGGAGAGAAAGAAGAUUUAUCGGUGGGGCACCUGGAAGGAUGGGUUAAUCCUGAACAUGAUUGGGGACACAAAAGAAGACCUUCCGGCAGAUGAGAGAUUCCUAGAGGACAAAAGAAUUGACUUUGAGGCUUCACUGGCCAAGGGGCUUGCCGAACUAGCUGUCAAAGACUCUUUAAAUGCUCUUGCUUCCUGGGACAGCCUGGACAACUUCAACCGAAUCUUCUGGUGUGGCCAGAGCAAGCUAGCUGCACGGGUGCGGGACUCCUGGCAGGAUGAUGCCUUUUUUGGGUACCAGUUUCUCAAUGGGGCCAACCCCAUGUUGCUGAGACGCUCUACUUGCUUUCCUGAACGCCUGGUGUUUCCUCCAGGAACAGAGGAGGUACAGGCUCAGCUGGAGAAGGAGCUUCAGGAAGGCACACUGUUUGAAGCUGACUAUGCCCUGCUGGAUGGAAUCAAGGCCAAUACCAUCCUGUGUUGUAAGCAGUACUUGGCUGCCCCUCUGGUCAUGCUGAAACUACAGCCUGAUGGGAACCUCAUUCCCAUGGCCAUCCAGCUCCAGUUGCCUCAACUGGGAUCCAGUCCCCCAGUCCUUUUCCUGCCAACUGAUCCUCCCAUGGUCUGGCUUUUGGCCAAGUGCUGGGUCCGUAGCUCUGACUUCCAGCUUCAUGAGCUACAGUCUCAUCUUCUGAGGGGCCACUUGAUGGCUGAGGUCUUUGCUGUGGCCACCAUGAGGUGUCUUCCAUCAGUACACCCCGUCUUCAAGCUUAUGAUUCCCCACCUGCGAUACACCAUGGAAAUUAAUGCCCGGGCCAGGAAUGGACUGAUUUCUAACUUUGGAGUGUUUGACCAGGUGGUGAGCACAGGUGGGGGAGGCCACAUGGAUCUGCUCAAAAAAGCCGGAGCCUUGUUAACCUACCGCUCAUUCUGUCCCCCUGACGACCUGGCUGACCGGGGCCUCCUGGGAGUCCCGUCUUCCUACUAUGGCCAAGAUGCCUUGCAACUCUGGAACAUCAUGCAUAGCUAUGUGAAGGGAAUUAUGGAUAUUUACUAUAAGACAGACGAGUCUGUGAAAGAGGAUUACGAACUUCAGGCCUGGUGUCGCGAGAUCACUGAAAUUGGGUUGCAAGGGGCCCAGGACCGAGGCUUUCCUAUCUCCCUACAGUCCUUGGAGGAGGCUUGCCGCUUCAUCACCAUGUGCAUCUUCACCUGUACCGGCCAGCAUUCUUCUAUCCACCUGGGUCAGCUGGAUUGGUUUACUUGGGUCCCCAACACACCUUGCACCAUGAGGAUGCCUCCACCAAACACCAAGGAUGCGACCCUGAAGACAGUGAUAGCAACGCUGCCCAACUUCCACCAGGCUUCUCUCCAGAUGUCCAUCACUUGGCAGCUGGGCAGACGCCAGCCCAUUGCGGUAACUGUGGGGCAGCAUAGUGAGGAGUAUUUUUCAUCCCCUGAGGCCAAGGCUGUGCUGCAGAAGUUCAGGGAAGAGCUGGCUGUCAUGGAUAAGGAAAUUGAACUCCGGAAUGCAAAGCUGGAUAUUCCCUAUGAGUACCUGCGGCCCAGCCUGGUGGAGAACAGCGUGGCCAUAUGAGCACGCCCAGCCUUGGGCUCUCAGCCCUCUUCUCCCAAGCUACAGCCCUAGACUUACAGCUUUCAGCUUUGUAAUCAUAUACAACUUGCUCUCUUCCUGUCUCCCCAUCAGCCCCCCUAAAGGGCUGCCUGUACCCACAGGGAACAGGCCUCCUCUGCAUGUUCUACCUAGGGGUCUGCUUCAUUCAUAUCUCCCUUAAGGUAGAUGCCAGCUACGUUUAUAUAAACUAUGUUAAGAAUAGAUUAGGGUAAUCAUACACAUUACUACACUUUUUAGAAUGUAACUUUGAAACUAAGUUGAGUUUAACUAAUGAAAGAAAAGAACUUAGAUCUGACUGUCCUAAGAAAAGUAUUGACAAACAACCAUACCAUGUCUUAACUAGAAGGGACUGGCCACAUGUCCUGAAGUCAGACACAACGGUUGUGCAAAGUAAACUAUUAGCACAAUUCUUGAGAUCUUUUUGAUUCUCAAGAUUUUCAUUGUACACUUAGAAAAAAAUGACAGGACGAAAUAAGCUAAUGAAAUGGAGGAAGUUACUCCCAGCUGGAAGUGUUUGGCCUCAGAGUUUUGCCUGAGGUAUACUUAUCUAUAACCCAUUUCUGGUUGAGAAGCUCUAAGUUAAAAUUGUUAAUUGGGAGCAGGGAAAACAGCUCAUGUGGCUAGUGUUCCUGCUUUGUUCUACAGAUGACCCAGUUUGAAGCUGACCUCCACAGAACUAGAGGAAACUUCUGUGCUAUCCUGUCUUUUCCACCACUCCCUCUUUCUCUUCCUUUCUGAAAACCAUUAGUUCUGAGCAGUGAAGCCUUAGUGAUGACAAAACAAACACAUAUACCCAAAACAAAGAAAACAACUCCCCUUAAAUCAACA